UACUAUUUAUUGUUUUUCUGUUCGGUUUUUCACUCUUUUAGAUUGUGAUCAGACAAUUGUUAUUCAGUGAUGCUAAAAUAAGUAAUAAACAAUGAUCAUUACUGAAAUCUGGAUUCUCUUUCUUCUCUUAUUUUUACAGAGAGAAGUGAAUUCUGAUUCGCUUCAAACUCAAAUAUUGGAAGCUCGUCAACUUUUUCCUUUCCGUUCAUACAAAGAUGUCCAGUUAUUUCAUUACACCAUUCCAGUGCAAGUUACCUUUGCAUCUUUUCAAUACAAAGCCAAUGGGAGUUUCCACUGUCCAUCUAAAACUGUUGCUGUAUAUUUACAAUAUGGAAGUUAUCCUGUGAUGAGCCUUCAGAAUUCAACCUAUCCAGAUUUCUUUGCAGUUCACCGCUUGUUUUUACAUGAUAUCACCUUAAAAUCUGAUUUUGUUCCAGUAAUGAUCAAUAUUACUAAUCCCCUUCCUGGAAAUUGGUAUGCUGCUGCAUUUUUAAUCGAAAACACUGAUAGAAUUGCCCAGAAGGGUCUUUUCACUCCAUGUUUGAGCUGGCUUUCUUCAUCUUUGAAGUUCAAUGCAGCUGAAGAUGUCAUUAGUUUGCUGCAAGAUACUGAAAUUACUCAAACGAUUUCAUCUGUUCAGAUGUAUAGGUUUUUCGCUCUCAAAAAUAGUUGGAGCAGUGUAAUAUUCCUAACCAACUGUUCUUCACAAGGCCCAUGUCCUGUCACAAUUAGAGCUCGGCAGUUAGGACUUCCUUCUGCUAAUGAUACCAAUACAUUACAAGUGGAUUGUGGUGCUUCUGACGAUUGUUCCUUGAAAAUUACUCCAGCUGCUAAUAAUUGGAAUUACUUCACCGUCGAGAGUUCUCUGCCUGGAAUACUGCAUUUCAAUUUAAAUAUUCAGACUGAAAAUUGUAAAGAUUUGUUUCCUGUGCCUGACGUUCAAGAACAACCUAGUGAUAUUGCGGAGAAUGAUACCAGUUUUAAUAACAAUUCAAAUAAGGUUUUUCACAACACUUUGUGUUGGCCGAAUAUUCCUUUAAUUCGCAUUUCACUUCCUACAAAUUUGGCCUUUGAAUACAAUCUUCCUCCAGAAGAAGAAGAUGCAUAUCCUUUCAUACUAAACAUUUCCAAUACCAAAUACACUCUUACAAGUUUUGAUGUACUUUCAACUGUGGAUAUUGGUGGAACUUUGGUUAUUGAAUUGGCAGUGUCCCCUUUCAUGAAUCUUUCACAGAAUAAUGUAUCAGUAUCCGGUUGUUUGUCUUAUGGAAUAAGACCAGAUUCAGAAGAUAUAGAUUGCUCUGAUGGAAGAUUUUUAGCUGCUAAUACAACGUCAUGGGAAAACCGCUUGUCUACAUUAUUCGUACCUUAUCCUGAAGCUGGAAUUUGGUAUUUUCGUUUGAAAGCUCGCUGCUAUGCUUCAAAUUUUACAAAUUCUAGUAUACAUUUCAUCCCAUGUGAAUUGCCCGAGACACCUGUUUUCCUAAGAAUACGAUCAACACCAUGCGUAUCUGGACAUUGUGGGAAAUAUGGAACUUGUUAUCAGUAUGUCAGCGGUGGACUUAUUUUUAGCACAUGCAACUGCAUUGCAGGUUGGAAAGGAUGGGGUUGUACAGAUAACAGCACUGCUCGGACAGAUUCAGAAUUGAUGUUAGAUGUAUUGUUAUUAACACUGAGCAAUCUUCUUUUCAUUCCAGCUAUAGUCUUGAGUGCUUAUCGAAAAUAUUAUACUGAGGCCUUUGUAUAUUUUGCUACAAUGGCUUCAUCUGCUUUCUAUCAUGCAUGUGAUGCAGAGGUUUACUCCUUUUGUUUGAUUCGACUUAAUGUCCUGCAGUUUUGCGAUUUUUACCUUGCUAUUCUCUCCAUUUGGGUAACUUUAAUUGCCAUGUCAAAAUUACCUAAUGCUGUGCAGUCCUUUGUUCAUAUGGCUGGAGCUAUUGGUGUAGCUUUAGGUGUGGAAUAUGACAGAACUGGUUUGUGGGUCUUUGCUUUGCCUACUGGAAUUGGCUUAGUGAUUCUUUUGACAUCAUGGGUUACUCGUUGCUACAAAAAGCAUUUGUGUUAUCCAAGCCGAAGAACAUGGCUGGUCGGUCUUCUUCCAGGAACACUUCUAGCAUCAGCAGGACUUAUAAUUUAUGCAUUUUUUGAAACUAAAGAUAAUUAUUCAUUCGUCCACAGUGCUUGGCAUGCUACUAUUGCUUUAUCGGUGUUAUUCUUAUUACCAAAAGGUAAAUCUAGCUAUAAAAGCUCACCAGAACCAACCAGUUCUUGUAGUUAUAUAAGAGUUGGAGAUAUUGGAUGUCAUGAUGCAUCACAACCUAUUGGUACACCUUAUGCACAUUUGUUAGCACCCACCCCUUAAAUAUGUAUUUUUAAUGAUUAUUUUAUGAUUGUGCUUUUACGAUCAUUAUAAUUUAUAAGUAGCUUAAAGUUAUUGACAAGUAAUAUGAUUAUGUGUUAAAUACUUUUAAAAUUAAUUUAUGAAACAUAAUCUAUAUAUUAUUUGCAUCCAUUUGAUCCCAUGAAUAAAGCAAAGAACUGAAAUCUUUUUACUACUACAGUGCAUAAUUUCGUUUUAGUAAUUUCAUUUAAGGACAUUUUUAGAUACAUCUGUUGACUCAUAGAAGUUUUAUUCAAUGCACUUAUAAAGUUUUUAUUCACACAUUUUUAGUAUAUUAUAUCUUUCUUGUUCAAAAAGAAAUCUUAAAAUCUGUGCAAGUAAUAUUCAAAAACACAUAUAAUAGCAUAUAUAUUGAAAUAAUUUUGAUCGCAUGCCAGUUGUUUGCUUGAUGUGCAUUGAAAUUAAUUUAAAGUUUGUGUAAUUAUUAUUAUAUGUGGUGCGCCAUUUUCAUUGUGUGCAUGAUUUUUUAAACUCUUAAUGUCUGUAAAAUUUAAUUUUUAUUUUCUGAACAUAUCAUUUGUUUUAAGGUUUUUGUCGAUUGUUGGCUUCACUGCAUGAUAUUCAUAUUAGUAUAUUUAUAUAAUACAUGGAAAAUUUUAUCACCUUUUGAGUUUUCUCUUUCAAAUUAAGAACUGCGGGAAAUUGUUCUUUGCUGUUACUUAAAUAUUUUAGAAUGUUCUUCCCGUGUAUGUGUUAAAUAUUUGAUGUUUGUGAGGUAAUUGUAUUAUUUUUGAAAUUGUUUGAAAAUGAGAUGUUAUGAGUAAAGUAUUUAUUAUUCAGUAGAUAUGGAUUAUUUGUUUGUAUUUUAACCAUAGAGGUCCUCAUCAGAAGGUAUCAAUUUCUCUAUCUGUGUACGAUCACCAAGAACCAAAGUUAUUGUUUAUUCACCCACAUGAAAAAUUAAUUCUUGAAAUAUUUGAUUUACUGUUUGGAUUACUACAUUUUGCAGGGAAGCAGUGUUGAUAGGAUUUAGUGGUUAGUGUUCAUGGUUGUGAUUUUCUGUUUCCAUAAAAUAUAUGUUGUUAUUAUUCUUUUUUAAAUUCUGCCUUUUUUAAAAAUUUAUCACCUUAAUAGGUAUAGCAGUAUUGCAUCAGGAAAUUAGUUUUAUUAUUUUACUAAUAUAUUUAACUAUCUUGUUGUGUUUGUUUUAAUAAUAGUCAAUUUUUUAAUCUAACAAUUUUAAGAUGUCGCAUUUUGUUUUUUAGUUUUCCGAAAGAUUAACAAAAUUUUGCUAUUUCUAAGGCUUUAGACCUUUAAUUCUUUUGAAAUAUGUAUACGUCUUUGAUACUUUAUUUUGUUUAUAAUUUGUCAUUCAUUUUCGGUGUAUGUGUUUCUGCAAUAUAUUGAAUGAGUGGAUUUUGAAUGGCUAUAUCACUUGAGUUUGUUUCACUAUCCGGUAAUUUUUUUCAUUGUUAACUUACUGAGUUAUCAAAAUAUUUAAAUAAGAAAGAGUAAAACUUUUCAAGCAAUAUGCGAUAGUUUCUUUGAUUUGGCGAAUUGAUAUACCAACUCUAAACUAAUCUAUAUUCUAUGGAUAUCUUAUCUUGUCAUUUUCAAGCUCUGAUAACGAUAAACCUGGAAUGAGAUCUCAUUUUGUGAAUUAAUUUCUGCAUCAUGACAUUCGAAUUUGCUGCUGCUAAGAAUCAUGAUCAUGAUAAAAAUUCGUAUAAGUAUCCCUAGACAUCAAAGAAAACAUUUAUCAUUAUUGUGAUUUGCUGUUUCCCACCUGCAGCAUAUUGCUGUUAUAAAUCUUCUUUCGCAUUUACUUUUUAAAGAUAAUUUAUCUCAUUUUAUGAGUUGUGUUGGUUAUUUUUAUUGCUGUGAGCGUUUCUUAGCCAUGUGAUUUCUUAAAAUAUGGAAUAUAUUUCUUAAUCUUAAAUAUUAAAUUUUAGGAUCGUUGUAAUUUUAAAAAAAAAUGACUUUAUUCAGACUUAUGUAAAGGUUCUUCUGAUAAAUGCGUUAGACUGAAAUUUGUUAUAUUGUUAUAAGAGCUAUGCGAAAAGAAGUUAAGAAAAUAAGUAAUAAUAAAAAAGAAUAGUUCAAAUUUCGAUCAACGGAUAAAAAUAUAGCUGGUGAAGAAAAAAUGACUGCAUAAAACCUUAUGUAAUCGUAUGAUUCGUGCAAUCACCAUUCAGUGAGCGUCAUUCACAUGUUCAAAGCAUGUUAUACAGCAUUUUCAAUGGUAGUGUUAAUUGAUUCUUGAAGAAUUGCAACAUGAUGUCAUUUUAUGUUUGCUUUUUAAUUCAGCUAAAAUCUCUAUGCUUCCUACUAAAACACAAUCUGCCCGUGAUCAGUAGUCUCAGGAUUCAAUUCUGGAGAACAAGGAUACGAACAUUCAGGAAAUUUCUCAAAAUGAUUUGAUUUUCACCAAAGUGAACAUGAAAUGGUGAAAUCAGAUGAUGCUAAUACGGGACGCUGCACCAUCUUGCAUAAAGAUAGUACUCUCUAAAGAUUCUCGUUCUCUCUGUGUAGGAAUGAUUUGGUGCUGAAGAAGUGGUUUUGAGGGAAACACCAUUAGUUUUGAGAAUUGAUCUCAAAAGGAAAGCCAAGAAUACAAUCAGGAAUAUAUCAAAGCUAUAUAAUUACAUAAUUUGGAUGCGAGAUAUUCAUGCACACUGUUAAGACAUCAACAUAUGCCAGCGACAGUUCUCACUCUUAGUGCUGUCUAAAGUAAAAUUAUUCUCAUGUGACCACAAAAUUUUCUAAGAUCAUUGUAUAAAAUGUAAAAUGGAAAUUAUCUAUAUUUAUAUGGAUCUUUAUAUUGCAACUUUUGCACAUGUCUUGUACGAAAAUCACUUUGAAAUGAAUCUACCAGCACCAAUCAUAUACUCAAUUAUUUAAAAAUUGAUUUGCCACAGUUCGAGAAUAACAUUGCACGAGCUUUUGUUGAAAAAAGCGGAGAACAGAUUACUCUAUAUAUCCAAAGAAAUUGAUGUUACCAUUUAUGUUAAUACCAACUUCUAACAAAAUUUUAUUUGAAAUUUAUAUCUGUCCUAUUCCUGGCAGAAUAUCCAAUUCUCCGGUUUCUUCAAAUUUAGAAUUAAUUUUUAAAUCAUUCUUUAACACAUGUACUUUUUAUUUAUUUAUUUACAAAUUUUACAAUAUGAGUAAAAUAUUGCUGUAGUUCCAUUAAAGUACCUUGACCAGUAAAACUCAUCCUUUUUUCACUAAGUGAAAAAUGAUUUUCUGACGAUGAAUCUUAGCAUUCUUAAAAAUUUCCUAAUUAGCCUAAUGUCUUUUCCAAUUUGUAUGAAAUCAACGUCUGAUGGUUGAAAUUUGAACUUUUUUUUUUUUUUUUCUAUUUCAGAUUCCCAUUCUCUAUAGUCCUUAUAAUGUAUAGCAAAUAAUAACAAAAUACAUCUUUCAGAAUGUGAAUUACAUAGGUCUGAGUAGGAUAAUUUUAAUCAUGAUUGCCUCGCACAUCAUGUUAGCAUAAUUUUAACAUUCCAAUUUUAAAGAUAAGAAAAGGAAAAAUAGAGUGGUCAAGUAUAUUCUAUUCAUUGUUAUCAUAUUGUUUUCGAACUGACUUUUAUUUAACAUGUACAGGACCAAUAAAAAGAAAAGAGAAAAACAAAAUGUGUAUACUCAAUGAAUCAAUUAGUUUAUAUAUUUUUUAAUAAAUUGUCAUACAUUUUAAAAAUGUAUAGAAUUGAAUACAUGAUAAUGUUGCUUAUAAAUUUGAAUGUUAUGGCAUUCAUGCCAUUUUGCUUCACAAUCAAAAUGACUGCUAUAAUAUAUACAUCUGAGAACUUUGCUAAAAGUUUCUUCAUCCAAGUUUUAUUUUAAACUAUUGAAAUUGCAGGCGAGAAAUUUGUUAUAAAAGACAUAUUGCAGAGGAUUAACACCAUGCUUUUCCAAAUUAACUUACUGCACUGUUAUAGUGUAUAUUCAUAUGUGAUCAAGAAAUGUCAGCAUUCGCUUAAUGCUGUCCUGGUCGCAAAAAUUAACAAUUUAUGAAAUGUUUACAAGGAAUUAUGUUGCUUUUUGCAAUAACUGUAAAUUCUGAUCAAAUAAAUUAAACAUGAAGCGAAUCUUAUUGUUUGAAGAUUUAAUUUGUAAUAUGCUUUUGAGUGAAGGAAGGGUAUAAAUGGCAUAAGGGAACAUUAUUCAUUAAUAUGAACUUUGGAGAGUUUUUUAAAAAGGCAUUUAUUUUGGAGAUGAAAAUCUAGAAAACCAUUUUUUUUUUAAAUCUUCAUUAUUGCAUUCCAUAAUAUAAAUUCAUGUAAUUAAUUUUUUUUUUGUUAUAUGUUUCAAUUUCCUGAAAUAAAAUGCAAAAAUUUGUUUUAUUUUCUGUUUUUUAAAGAAUUUUUAAAUAAGAAAAAUAUAUAAAUUUGAAAUUAUAUGAUAUCUGAUAGUCUUGUAAAUAAGAAUAGUGAAUAUAAUUUUAUAGAUGAUUCUGUAACUUUUAGAAAAUUCGUGAUAGGAAAACCUUUCGCUUAGUAAUCAACAAGUAAAAAAAUGAAUUUGUUGUGAUGUAAUGUCUUGUUAUAUUUUAUUGUAAAUCUAUUUUCUCUAAAAUUGCUUCUCUUGUUGUUCUCGCUUUGUUGGCACAUUUUAUGUUGGAAAGAAUUCUAAAAUUAUUAUAUGAAUGUACAAAAGUUUCACUUUUAAACAUCUUUCAUUUAGUGCUGUGUGUGAAUUUCUUUUUCUGUUAAGUAUAGUUUUGUUUGUUUAAAUGCAAAGCUCGAAAUUCAUUUAAUUCUAUUUAAUGUUUUUUGUUUUUGUUUUGUGAAUAUGUGAAGAUACUUGUUUUAAAUACUGUCAUUUGAGUCUGUGAAAUGGAUUAAGAUCGGAUAAAUUUUAAUAUGUAUGUUUUUGUUAUUUAGCUUUUUGUGAUGUUUUUUGUGAGUGAUAGAUGUUGACUGCAUCCCCGUUACCAGUUUGUAUGUGAUGGUAUAUUGUGCAUUUAUUUGUGAUUGGCUUAGAAAUUUGACAUUUUAUUCAUUUGCUAAACAGUUAUAUAUUUUAAUAUAGAUAGAAAUUAUUAAAUUCAUGAAGAAAGGCAGCUAUCAUAGUUAACUCAAAGUAUUUGUUGUUUCUUAGAGUUUUUCUUUGUUAUGUGAUGACCAGUAAUUUUUAAAGGAUAAAACUAUAUACAGAUUUGUUCAAGAUCAUAAUUUAAAUACCUUCCCGUUUUACACUUUAUUUUUAUAUGAAUUUUGUUUAUUUUUUAUGUGUGGACUUUUUUAAGUGUGUAGUAUUUGUGAACUACUUUAUUUUUAACACAAUGUUUAAAAAUGUUCUGAAAGUUCUUAUUAUUUUCUGUUCUUUAUAUAUUAAAACUGGUAGACUUACCUUAGAUAAUUUUUAACACAUUCAGUAUUAUUUGUACACAGGGCGAUUUUUAAGUCAUCUUGACUGUUAUGGGAUUUGGCAUCAAAUAUUUUAACUUUCUUAUAUUAUUUUUAAUCAGACAAUUAAAUGGUCUCUCUCUUUCUCUCAUUUUAGAAAUCCAUGGUAUUGCAUGAUGGGAAGGAUUUUUAUCAUUCUCCUACUUUUACUCAAGCUUUUCUUUCAAGCUGUGUCUAAUCUACUGUCCAUUUCAUUACUUUGGUGCUGACUGUAUACAAAAUUUCAUUUAUGAAUCUUAUUUGUCACUUAAUCUCAUGAGUGAUUUAUUUUAAACAAUUUAUUGAGAGGCUUGAUAAUUGUCUCUCAGUAAAUUUAUUUCUCUUUGUUUGGCUAUAAAGCUAAUCUUCUAAGGAAAUUGUGCUGAUUUAUCAUACAUAAUUUUAACAGCAUCCAUUCCUUAUAAUUAAAAACUACUCAGAUCUUUCCUCAUUUAGGCAUGCAUGCUUUUCUUACUUCACUUUUCUUUUAAUAUGAAACUAUAAAAUAUUCUUAAAUAUUGCAGAUUUAAGAAUCAUUCAUUAUUACAUAAACUACUUAAGUAUUCAUUAUUGUUUCAAAUGAUACAUGAUAAAAUUACUACUUUAAGAAAUUAGAUGGAACUUCUAGACAUAAGAAAUGUAAUUUUUUAUGGAAUUUAAAUAGAAUAUAAAGAUAUUUCGUACAGGUUUGAUAUUGUAGUAUAAUUUAGAAAGAUGAAAACCCAUUAGCAAUUUCUGGUGAAUUUGAUGAAAUAUAUGAAUCAUUCUGUUAAAUUCUG